AUGGCUCCCCGAAUGGAUAUAUUCGCUAUCAAAUUAAGGGGUCUUCGACAAGGUGAUUCGCUAUCCCUUAUGCUCUUCACACUGGUGAUGGAUGUGCUGAGCUCGAUGUUUGUGCAUGCUUUAAACACCAAAGUUCUAGUAGGGGUUCCCCUUGGGGAGUUUGGUAGUAGUUGUAACCUCCAUUAUGCUGAUGAUCUCCUAAUCCUUACCAUAGGGGGACUUGAAGAUCUUAGAGUGGUGAAACUGAUACUUUAUGUGUUUGAAGGUUUGACUGGUUUGGAGACCAAUUUUGAUAAAACAUGUCUUUACUCGAGCAAGAUUGGUGAAUUGCCAGAGGUUGCUACUGCCGAAACUCUCAGUUGUGUUAUGGGUACGCUUCUAGUCACAUAUCUUGGUAUCCCCAUCUCUAGGAGUAGGCCACGUAAGCAGGACUGGGAAGGGCUUAUUCUUAACAUUAGAAGAUGA